CGAUGCUGGUUUGCGUUUAGCACAACAAGACCACAGUGGAGUAGACGGCGUUCUUCAUGCUACUUCUGAAGAAAAGCGUUCUGCAAUACUCGACUAUGCCACGGAGAUGAAAACGCUAGACCCAGGACAAGCCCUGCCGGAUUCGUUGUCACCUGGCACUAAAGCUGAAGUAGAGACUCAAGUUCGAAGGUUGAGCAAGAGGAGGGCACAGAGGAAGACGAUGAGGGAAAAUAUGUCCAACAAGACUUCUAGCUCCACAGCGAACAAUAAUAACAAUAAACUUCAACAAGAAGUAGACGAAAGAACCGCUAAAACGACUUUUGAUCAUCACCUUGAUGAUCAAACACGGCAACAAAAGCCAAAGGGUAAGCCUAGGACCGACUCCGCAAAAGGAGAAGCUGAGACACAAGGUAGUGGUGCUUUGACACUGAACGCGAACAUCCUGAUGUCUCAGGAGACGCCAGAGAAGCCGAAAGAACAGAGAAAGCCACCUCCAAAGAACAACAAGUGCACUCUCUUCAGCGACGACGAAGAAGAAGAAGAAAAGCACCAGAGUGAGAGUGAAAAGUGCGCACUGUUCGCUGACGAAGGCGCUGAGGUGGGAGAUACUAAAGCAAACGGUAGUGGAAAGACUCACCAGCCAAAGCCAUUGAACGGGCAGAAGAACACAGCCAUAGCUUCUUCAGCAGACGAACGCGAUAAUUCGACAACUGUAGGACGUGCAGAAGGAGGCGAUACCUCAUCCGGGCUAGAUGUCGAUGGCUCUUCUGGUGAAAGAGCGAACCCUAUAAUUUCCCCCGUGCGCUUCAGAAAGCUGCUUGAUGCUGCGCCUGCUGUUCCGAUACAAAAGGCUCGGCCACGACCUUCUACAGUGGAGAUCAUGGAGCGGCCACAAGCAGCACAGGAGGAGAAGAAGAAAGACGAAAAGCGAGAGAAUAUGACCGUCUCUGUGGCACAACCAGUACCAGAGCCCGAGCCGACGAC